CCUGCGGUGUUUCCAGCACAACUGCUCCAGAUCGCGGCUGCUUCACGCGUUUAUUCACCAGAAAGUCAUUAGAUGUGGCAAAGCAGAUAUACUGCUCGUGUCGCACCGCUGGAGAGGCUUUCCUAACACGCAUGAUUGUUUUAAAGGUGGAAUGAAUGUGGACAUGGCCUCAUCUUUCCAUCUGCCGAGAAGCGCCAGCAGCACCCGAGAAACUUUAGAGAACACGAGCAGCGAGUCUUCAGAUACCGAAGCGGCAGAAAAGGAGCGGUCUGUGGAGCAGAGGAGCGACGACGGGAACGUAGAUGACCCGAAGAAGAAGAAGCAGCGGCGGCAGAGGACUCACUUCACCAGCCAGCAGCUGCAGGAGCUGGAGGCCACCUUCCAGAGGAACCGCUACCCGGACAUGAGCACCAGAGAGGAGAUCGCGGUUUGGACCAACCUCACCGAGGCCCGGGUCAGGGUUUGGUUCAAGAACCGGAGGGCGAAGUGGAGGAAGAGGGAGCGCAACCAGCAGAUGGAUUUGUGUAAGAACAGUUACCUGCCCCAGUUUAGCGGAUUAAUGCAGCCCUACGACGACGUCUAUCCCGCCUACACCUACAACAACUGGACCAACAAAGGCCUGACCCCAGCCCCGCUGUCCACCAAGAACUUUACCUUCUUUAACUCCAUGAGUCCCCUCACGUCCCAGUCCAUGUUCUCGGCCCCGACCUCCAUCUCCUCCAUGAGUAUGGCGUCCGGGAUGGGCCAUUCCGCGGUGCCCGGCAUGCCGACCACCGGCCUCAAUAACAUCGGCAAUCUGAACGGGAUCGGCGGCUCCACCAUCAACCCGGCCAUGAGUUCGUCCACGUGUCCGUACGGGCCUCCGGGAUCUCCGUACAGCGUGUACCGGGACACCUGCAACUCCAGCCUAGCCACGUUACGACUGAAAUCUAAACAGCAUCCGUCUUUUGGAUAUAGCGGAUUGCAGAGCCCCGGCUCUAGUCUCAACGCGUGCCAGUAUAACAGUUGACGAAAUAAAACCUCCAACAAACUCACACCCGGAGGAGAGACGAGCAUGCUGGAUUAGAUGCGAUCGGCACAUUGCAGUGGAAUAUGUGGAUUGUCUGUGUUUACUUAAACUUGCACAAAUCCAUUAUCUGGAUUUCAACGUUUUGAAGACAAGUUAAACUCAUUGUGUACAUAAAUAUAUAUAAAUAUAAACAUGGAACAAAAGUUGAAAAUGAUGCUGUGCUGCAAGAGGGAACAGUGGUGUCAAAACACGACCGUACAAAUAAUCAAGAGCGCGUCCGGGUAAUGCAGUAGGCCUCAGUGGGGUUGGCCUAGCGUUGGCUUUAUAUUCGCACAUUCGUUUCACAUUCUCAGUAUAAUUAUAGAAAAGUGUUGUUUAUAAAUUCUAAAUAAGGGAAUCAUAUGACCAGCCAAUCAGAAUAUCAAAGCACAGCAUUAUUAAGAGGGAAUUUAACAGUACUAAUGUCGUUUUGAAGCCAUUCUUACUCGAGAUUUCAGACCCAAUGUUAAUAAAGUAGUGUGGUAAGCGAUAUCACUAAUUGUGCUCAUUACAGUGUCAUUAUAAAUAACCUGUAUUAGCCUUUAUAAAUUCUGCUUGAGUGUUUUAUUGAACGCCAACAGUCUGAAUGUGGGAAUAUUAAACCAACUUUACCUCAAUUCGGAAUAUUCGCAUGUCUGACUUCUAAACAACAUUAGCACUCAUUAAAUGACUGUGGACAGAACUGAAGGUGGAUUGAAUUUCUCUAUUUAAAAUUUGCCAUCAAUACAUUUUCCUGAGACUAUAGAUAAAUUGUCCGACUGUGAGCCCAGUCUCCAGGCCGUCAGCGGUGUUUGUGAGUGUUGUUCUCCUGUAUUAGGUGUCCUGCAGAGGGGUCGGCCGUCCUCUCGUCGACACUCGGGUUUUUUUCUCGUAUUGUUUUGAUUGUGUCGAUAGAUUUACCGCAUGCCUACGCCGAGUGAAAAAUACAAUGUUUUGUAAAAUUAUAUGAAUGUGUAGACUAAACAAAGCUAUAACGUUCUGUUGUAUUCAUGUUGAAUGGUACUGUGUUCAUG